AUGAGGUCGUUAGGAGAGCGAUUAAAUCUCCUCCGGGAGCUCAUCAACUUGCGAUGCGGGCCCGGUGCGGCAAUCCUCCCUCCCGAAGUGACGAGGAUACACAUGGACUUUGCGCUCAAGUUCAAUGGCGGUCAUAUGGGGCCCAGGAAAUUCUGGCGCGAAUGCCUCCCCCGGCUCAAGUUCCACAACCCAGCCAUCCCCAUGAUUAUCAACCGGCACGACCAAAACCAAAACCGUCCCGUCAUGACCAUCUACAUGCGCGACAAUGCCAAACCCUUGUCCGACGACGCCGCGCCGCCUCAAGCUAUCCAACCGCCCUCCUCCCGCACCAACCUCUCCAAGGCGCUGCCAGCAGGCCCGGACGAGCGCAUCGUGCAAAUCGACAUGACGAAGCGAAUGUCGACCGAGAUUCUGCAGUUCUUCAUCGCCGAGACUCGUGCCCAGGCGCUCCCAACCACCAAGGAGGACAUCGCCGAGCUGCAGGCCAUUGAGGCUCACAAGAAGCAGGCGGCCGUGGACCGUGAGCAGAUGCGCCAGCUGAGAGCAGAGAUGAAGAAGGAGCAAGAGAUGUUGAAGAGAGCCCGGGCGGCGGGCGGCAUGGGAGAGGAAGAAGAUGCUUAG